AAAGUAAAACAAUUCUAAAUACGAAAUAUCCUAAGUGCUAAACAGUAAUUAAAAGUUUCGGAGUAUAGAGAGAAGAGUAAUGGAUAAAUCAAGCAGCGUCAGUCCCAGUGAGUGUCGCGUAACCAGAUCGAGCAUGACGCCCACGUUGCGGCUACAGCAAAGCCCUAGGCGUCAGCAGCAGCAGCAACAACAGCAACAACAGUCAACAGAUGAACAAACGGAAAUCAAAGUCAAGUCACCGAAGCAGCAGUUGAUGCCAGUGGCAGCGUCAACAUCAGCGUCCACGCCGACGGCGACGCACCAUCAGUUUCGAGCGCCAGCACAACAACAACAAUCCACCAAGCACAAAAGUAGUAGCAGCAACAGCAACAGCAGCGGCAGCGGCAGCGGUAGUAAGGCUUGGAGCAAACGCCAGCAUAAGACUAGCGGUAAAUACAAUGCCAGCGCCUGCGUCGGCGCUAGCGCUCAGCAGCAGCAUCAGCACCAUCAUCAUCCUUAUGCCGCCCAUCACUCGACGAACAGCAGCGGCGUCGCUGCCCAGGCAGGGGUCGGCGCCGGCGCCGGCUCGCUGCCAGCAUCGGGUGCCACUGCGGCCGCCCACAAGGCCGAUCUGGAGAACAUACAGAAUAUCAAAAAUCAAAUAGCUGGCAGCCACGCCCAUAGCGGAGCGCAUCAAGCCGGUGCACAUCACAACGCAGCGGCCGGCUCCGUGAGCGUUGGCGGCGCUGCCAGCAGCGCAGCUCAUCACCAUCAUCACAACCAUAAUACGCGGCUGGCGCAGACUGCGGCAGCGAUUGUGGGCAACGGCCUGCCCAUGGCACCGAUGGAUGCCAAGCUGGGCGGGCACGGUCACGGUCACGGGCUGAAGGGGCAGCAGCAGCAGUACAAAAAGAUGCUGCCACACAGAGGUCAUCAUCAUCACGUCUUGUGCUCCGGCAACAAUGCGAAUCACACUUGCUGCCUGGUAACUGGCUGCAACGGCAGCGUGGGCAGCGCAGCCGGCAAGGACACGCAAAGCAACAAGGACACCAGCUCGCUGAGCGGCAACAGCAGCAUCAACUCGGGCAGCGCUGCAGCAGCGAACGCCGUGCACUACUGCUGCGGUCGUUCGAAGUUCUUUCUGUCCGAGAAGCGUUUGCGCAAGGAGGUGAUUGUGCCGCCCACAAAGUUUCUGCUGGGUGGCAACAUUUCGGAUCCGUUGAACUUGAAUUCGCUGCAGCACGAGAACACGUCGAAUGCCUCGUCUAGCAACAAUACGCCGGCGACGACGCCGCGUCAGUCGCCGAUAACUACACCGCCGAAGGUGGAGGUGAUUAUACCGCCGAAUAUACAUGAUCCGUUGCAUCUUCUUGACCCAGUCGAUUCGAUGGAAUACGAGAAGCAGCUGACGUCACCGAUGAAGCGGGGCGGCAUGCUGACUCGUGGCAGCCACUUGAAGCUGCAGCAGCAGCAGCAACCGCAUCACCGUCAGCAUAGGCAGCGCAAGAAUCGAAAGCGUCGGCGUUUCGAUUCUAAUAACACAUCGUAUGCCGGCGAUGACGUCGCAGUCAUCGUAGCCGACGGCGUCGCUGAGGCGGCGACGCUUUCGAUUUCACUGGAAGAUGUGCCAGCAACGAAUACGACAACAGCAUCAGCAGCAGAAGCAGCAGCGACAGAGAUAGCCGACGCAGCCGUCAAUGUCACAGCAGCAUCAACUCCAACAACAAUAUUAUCAGCAGCGACAAUUGCUGCUGCAACAGAAGCAGCAGUCAUAGCGACGACGGCUGCGACGUCACCAGUGGCUGCGCUGAGCGCCACAACUCUGCUGAGCGAGGCGGCAGCGUCGGCGUCAGUUGAAACGUCGGAAUUGGCACCACAGCAGGCGCAUGUGCGCUCUCGCUCUCCGCAGGCAGCGGCCACUGCCAUGGAGGAGACGGCAACGCCAGCUCUAGCAGCCGGAGCACAAACGCUCUCGCCACAGGAACAAAUGGAAUGCAACCGUAUGCGACCGGCACCAGUGCUAACGUCAUCGCCACUGCAACAAGCUAUGCCUCAGCAACAACUGCAACAUCAACUGCAACUGCAACAGCAGUUGCAAUUACAACUGCAACAGCAACAUAUGGCCGCAGUUUCCGAGCUGACUAGCAGCGACAACAGCAACACGCUGACAGCGACUGGAGGCGGCAGCAACAUCAGCAGCAGCAGCAUAAAAAGCAGCUCAGAUGAUUUGGAGCUUAGCGCAGCAUCAGCAGACGCUUCGACGUCGGCAGCGGCGCUCGCAGUGGCGUCCACGCUGGCCGAUCGACGUGCGCUGGCCAGUCGAGACUUGCGCCUGGAUUUGGACAGCGCAUGUUACGGUGUUGGCGGCACAGGGCUGAGCUUUGCCGCAGGCAGCGCUGCGGGCUUUGGCAGCGGCAGCAGGAAACGAAAAAUCAGCGAGAGCAACAAUUCGCAAAAGAGCAAGAAAUUCCAUCGACACGAUGGCCUGGAUAAAAUCGUGAGUCCUGUGGUGCCACAGCCGGGCGCGUGGAAGCGGCCGCCACGUCUUCUGCAGCCAAGUGGGGCACGCAAGCCGAACACGCGGCGCUCGACAUCCUUUAGCGAAACGGAGCAGCUGAGUCCCGUGGAGGAGCUGUCAAACAAGCCGCUCAUCGAGGUUGUGGACAUACCACGCGACGAUACGCCCGACCUGUCGGAGCAUGGCCUGGGCAGUCCGUUGAGCACCAUUUCCGCAGCCACGUCGCACACAGCCGGGGAGCCGGAUACGCCCUCGGCGGAUGACGCAACAGCCACAUCUACAGCAGUAGCCGCAACGGCGGACGCGACAGCGGCCAAUGAUGAGCAGCCUGUGGCUGGCCUGAUGCUAGAGCCUGCUUUGAUCCCUCCACUGCCUGCGGCGACGCCCAAAUUCCGGGCGGAUGGACUCAAAUACCGCUACGGCAACUUCGAUCGCUAUGUGGACUUCCGACACCUCAACGAGUUUCGGGACGUGCGACUGCAGGUGUUCGAGCAGCAUGUGGAACUGUUCCAGAACAAGGACAUUCUCGACAUUGGCUGCAAUGUGGGCCACAUGACCAUCACAGUGGCUCGACAUUUGGCGCCCAAGAGCAUUUUGGGCAUUGACAUCGAUCGCGAACUGAUUGCCAGAGCGCGGCGGAACUUAUCGAUAUUUGUGCGCAUUCCCGAGGAGGAGCGUCUGGCGCCAGAGACUAAGCAGCUGCAGUUGCAGUCACAGCCCGAUAAGGCGGAGACGGAGCCAGGGGAUGGGCAUAAAAAGACGCGACGUGGCAAAAAGCGCCGAAAGGCGCAACAGUACCAGAAACAACUGCAGCAGCAGCAGCAGCUGGCCCUGCAGCACCUGCAACAAUUUCAUCACCACCACCACCAUCAUCAUCACCAUCAUCACAGUCACGAUCAUCAUCAUUUGGAGCAGCUACAGAAACUGGAUGCAUUGCUGGUCAAGCCGCACGAAUUCUUUCCCAUUUCCUUCCCACUUACCUACGGUGGCAUGCCCCACUUGCCGCCCACGGGCAAAUCUCCACUCAGUUUCAAUUGCAAAAACCAAUUUCCACAAAAUGUUUUCUUUCGCCAAACGAACUAUGUCCUGAAGGACGAGUCCCUCAUGUCGAAUGAUACUCAGCAAUACGAUCUCAUAUUGUGCCUAUCGGUCACCAAGUGGAUACAUCUUAACUUUGGGGACGCGGGCCUCAAACUGGCCUUCAAGCGCAUCUUCAACCAACUACGGCCCGGCGGCAAGCUCAUCCUCGAGGCGCAAAACUGGGCCAGCUAUAAAAAGAAGAAGAACCUAACGCCCGAAAUCUACAACAACUACAAAAAGAUCGAAUUCUUCCCCAACAAAUUCCACGAGUAUCUUCUAGGCCCGGAGGUCGGCUUCAGCCACAGCUAUACGCUGGGCGUGCCAAGGCAUAUGAAUAAGGGCUUUUGUCGACCCAUACAGUUGUAUGCCAAAGGCGACUACACGCCGAAUCAUGUGCGAUGGAGCGAUGCGUACUAUCCGCAGACACCGUAUGAGGCAUAUCGCGGCAUCUAUGCCACGCUGCCUGCCCAUCGAGCGGGUGGUGGGGGCAGCAGUGCGGGCGGGAGUCACGGAGGCCACGCCCAGCUGCAUUUGCUGAGCAGCUCGACGCGUUCGCAGAACUACGAUACGCCGCAGUAUGCGGGCAGCGCCUCUGGCUCGGCCAGCUGCCGGCAAACGCCGAUGUAUCAGCACACGUACAACCCGCUAGAAACGGACUCGUAUCAGCCCAGCUACGACAUGGAGUAUCUGAAUCACAUGUACGUCUUCGCCUCGCCUCUGUACCAGACCGUCUGGUCGCCGCCUGCCUCGUUGCGGAAGAGCUCUUCGCAUACGCCGGUGUUUGGCAGCGUACGGGAUGCGGAGCUGGAUGGAGAUGGCAGCAUAAGUGGCGGAGGCAGCGGGGGAGGGAGCUAUCAUCGUCACGUUUAUCCACCCAAUGAUGACACCUGUUCACCGAAUGCGAAUGCAUGUAAUGCAUUCAAUUCCAUAAGAGAUGCAGACACGGAUGACUCUAAUCAGCUGCCUGGAGGCAGCAGACGGCAUGUCUAUGCCACAAAUUGUGGCGAGAGCAGCUCCUCGCCGCAGGUGAACCAUCAUGAGGCGAGUGUCGAGUUUGCCGAUGCACUUAUGGAUGAUGAGCAGAAGACGUUGGCUGCGGGUACCAGCGGAGGUGGAGGAGUGGGAGGAGGAAACGCUUACUGUGAUCUGUCGGAUGCCUAAAGUGUGUCUGGACGGUGGGCGAGAACGAAGCACAUUGUGUCAAAAAAAAAAAA